AUGGCUGGUGCUCGGCCCUCGACAGCUCAUGACGCACACAAACUUCCUAUUGACCCUGAGCAACGUGCCUUUGGACGACACCUUGCAAAGGCGCUGGAACAGAAUGUAGACCGAGCAGAGGAAGGCUUAGAUGACUUUGAAGCUGAGGUUGAUAUAGAUGCGAACUUCGAUGAUCAAGAUGAAGAUGACAUUGAAGUUUUGAAUACUAGACUUGACGAAGAUGACCCUGAUCCAUUCCUAUCGGAGGAACCACUCAAUCUGCAUAAUGAUAAGGACUUUACUGCAGUCCCCCCACACCUUCUCACCAUAUACGCACUGGUAUCGUGGUUACAUCUGCAGUUCCAUCUGCCAUGGGUGGCUUGCAAUGCCUUGCUUACCAUUUUUGCAUGCCUUCUUGUCUCACUUUCACUGGCAAUCGACACACCUUUCAUCACUCUCCAGUCAAGCAACCGUGUUCUCGGUGUGGACAAGUUUACCUAUGCACUCCCUGUUUGUCCCAUUUGCCGGGAUGUUUAUCCCCCCGCAGGAUCCACACACUCGCAUGAUACAUGCACAACUUGUGGUAUCGACUUAUUUCUUCCAGAUCAAACCAAACGCGGAAAUCUUCGCACUACAAGAUCACCCAUCAUCAAGUACCCCUAUCUCCCGCUAUCUGAGCAGCUCAGAUCAUUGUUCAAAAUCCCUGGCCUGGAGGCUCUUCUUGAUGCUUGGCGAACGAAGCCUCGGAGUCCAGGUGAAUACACCGACAUUUUUGAUGGGGACAUGUGUCGCAAAAAGCUCCAACUCUCACCUUUUCGUUAUCCCAGACCAGAUCGACAACUUCUUGAAUGA